AUGGCAAAUCAACAAAGACAAAGUCAGUAUCCGAAUAAUGCUGGCUAUCAAAGGGGAAACAACUCAAACUAUGGUCAAGGUUGGAGACAAGAUGUUGGCUCAUCAAAUAGGCAAAGACAAUAUGAAAGCUACAGUCAACCACCGGUACAACAAACUCAAAAUUCAAAUUUGGAAGAAGCUUUGAGAUCAUUCAUAGAGAUGCAGACCAAACAGAAUCAACAACAAAAUUUGAUGAAUCAACAACAAAAUCAGUUUGUGCAAGAAACUCAAGUCUACCAAAGAGGCAAUGAUGCGGUGUUAAGAAAUCUUGAGACUCAGAUUGGUCAAAUAGCAAAAGAAAUGGCCAAUAACAAAAAUCAAGGAGGAUCAUUUGCAGCCAACACCGAACCGAAUCCAAAAGAACAAUGCAAGUCAAUUACAACAAGAAGCGGUAAGGAAGUUGGCAAGGGAAUAGGUGAUAAUUUGAGGAAGGAAGAGGAGUUUAUGAGACGAGCAGAUGAAGAGGAGGAAGGAGAAAAGAAGGGAGAGAAGGAGGUUGAAGUGAGAAAAGAAAAGAGUAGUUUACCUCAACAUCUGCCAUAUCCACAUGCUCCAUCAAAGAAGGAUAAAGAAAGGCAGUAUGCAAGGUUUAUGGAUAUCUUUAAAAGAUUGCAAAUCAACAUUCCAUUUUCCGAAGCCUUGGAGCAGAUGCCAACAUAUGCAAAAUUCAUGAAAGAAAUCCUUACCAAGAAGAGAAGGUACAAUGAUGAUGAAGUUAUUCAACUUGAUGCAAGCUGUAGUGUCAUUAUUCAACGAACUCUUCCGACAAAAGAAAAAGAUCCGGGGAGAGUCACGUUGCCGGUUACCAUUGGUAAUGUGAAUGUUGGAAAAGCCCUUAUUGAUUUAGGGUCAAGCAUCAAUCUUAUUCCUUUAUCGGUGAUUCAACGGGUUGGUGGUCUUGACAUCACACGUACAAGAAUGACAUUGCAACUUGCUGAUAAAUCCAUCACUCGUCCGUCGGGAAUGGCUGAAGAUGUUCUUGUAAAAGUUGAUAAGUUUAUGUUCCCUAUAGACUUUGUGGUGAUGGACAUUGAAGAGGAUGAUGAUGUUCCGUUAAUUCUUGGAAGGCCGUUCAUGAAAACAGCUCGUAUGAUGAUUGAUAUUGAUGACGGGGUGAUGAAAGUUCGAGUUCAAGAUGAGGAGGUUAGUUUUAAUUUGUGGGAAGCUAUGAAGCAUCCACAUGAGAAAGAUAUGUGCUUCAAACUUGAUGCAACUGAAGAAGCCAUAUUAGAUGUAAGAAAGCAAGCACAUAGACCUUCAUCUCUUGAACAGGCCUUGACAGAUGCUUUCGAAGCACUUGACCCCGAGAAAGAAGAAGAGAUUGAGGACUUCUUGAAGCAACUUGUUGCUUUUGAAGAAUUACCUCAACCUGAAGUAGAGAUUGACGAGUUGAAGAAGGAUGGAAAGCCGGUAGAAGUAAAACUUGAGCUGAAAACAUUACCAUCACACCUCAAGUAUGUUUUCCUUGGGGAUGACAAUCAAAAACCAGUAAUAAUCAGCAGUUCUCUAUCAAAAGGUGAAGAAGAAAGUCUGAUCCAAGUGCUAAAGAACAACAAAGAAGCAAUAGGAUGGGCAUUAUCCGACUUAAAAGGUAUUAGUCCAUCUUAUUGUAUGCAUAGUAUUAUGAUGGAGGAUGAUUAUAAGCCAGUUGCACAGCCUCAACGUCGAUUGAAUCCAACAAUGAAGGAGGUUGUAAGAAAAGAAGUGGUAAAGUUACUUGAAGCUGGUAUGAUCUAUCCAAUUUCCGACAGUGCUUGGGUUAGUCCGGUCCAGGUGGUCCCAAAGAAAGGUGGGAUGACGGUAAUCACAAAUGACAAGAAUGAGUUGAUACCAUCAAGAACAGUCACAGGUUGGCGGAUGUGUAUAGACUACCGAAGACUCAACAAAGCAACCAGAAAAGAUCAUUUUCCAUUACCAUUCAUGGAUCAAAUGUUAGAAAGGCUGUCAGGUCAAGAAUUCUAUUGCUUUUUGGAUGGUUAUUCGGGGUACAAUCAGAUUUCAGUCAACCCCGAGGAUCAUGAAAAAACAGCUUUCACAUGUCCUUUUGGUGUUUUUGCUUAUAGAAGAAUGCCUUUCGGAUUGUGCAAUGCACCGGCAACAUUUCAACGGUGUAUGCAAGCAAUUUUUUCUGACUUGAUAGAGAAAUGCAUUGAGGUAUUUAUGGAUGAUUUCUCCGUGUUCGGUCCGUCAUUCCAACAUUGCUUGAAGAAUUUGGACACCGUACUGAAGCGGUGUGUUGAAACAAACCUGGUUCUUAAUUGGGAGAAGUGUCAUUUUAUGGUGACCGAAGGCAUAGUUCUUGGUCACAAGAUCUCUUCCAAAGGUAUUGAGGUGGAUAAAGCAAAGGUGGAGGUCAUUGAAAAGCUCCCUCCUCCGGUAAAUGUCAAAGGAAUCAGAAGUUUUCUAGGUCAUGCCGGUUUCUACCGAAGAUUCAUCAAGGAUUUCUCCAAAAUUGCCAAACCAUUAAGCAAUUUGCUUAAUAAAGCUAUCAAGUAUCUGAUUACAAAAGCUGAUUCUAAGCCGAGACUCAUUCGGUGGAUGCUUUUAUUACAAGAGUUUGAUCUUGAGAUAAAAGAUAAAAAGGGAACAGAAAACUUGGUAGCUGAUCACUUAUCAAGACUUGUAAACAAUGAGGUGACCAAACAUGAACGUGAGGUUCUUGAAGAAUUCCCCGAUGAAAAACUGCUUAUGGUGCAAGAAAGGCCAUGGAGAUGUGUUACCAAAGAGGAAGCCACAAGCAUCAUGUGGCAUUGUCAUAACUCACCAUAUGGAGGUCACUAUAAUGGAGAAAGAACAGCAGCAAAAAUUUUGCAGUCAGGAUUCUUUUGGCCGAGUUUGUUCAAAGACACUUAUGAACAUGCUCGGAGAUGUGAUAACUGUCAAAGAAUUGGUGGAAUUUCAAGGCGCAAUGAAAUGCCACUUCAAAACAUGCAUGUUGUUGAAGUAUUUGAUUGCUGGGGUAUUGAUUUCGUUGGCCCUUUUCCAUCAUCAUUUUCAAAUCAAUACAUUCUUGUGGCAGUAGAUUAUGUGUCUAAAUGGGUGGAAGCAAUUGCGUCACCAAAAGCCGAUGGCAAAACGGUGAUAAAAUUUCUAAAAAGAAACAUUUUCACUCGUUUUGGAACUCCUCGUGUGCUUAUUAGUGAUGGAGGGUCACAUUUUUGCAAUUCUCAACUAGCCAAAGCACUUGAGCAUUAUGGAGUCAAGCACAAAGUAGCAUCGCCAUACCAUCCUCAGACCAACGGACAAGCAGAAGUUUCGAAUCGUGAAAUAAAGAAAAUUCUGGAAAAAACUGUGUCCGCAUCAAGAAAAGAUUGGUCAUUGAAGUUAGACGAGGCAUUAUGGGCAUAUCGAACUGCUUUCAAAGCACCAAUAGGCCUUACACCUUUUCAGAUGGUAUAUGGUAAGGCAUGUCAUCUUCCGGUCGAGCUUGAACAUAAAGCCUAUUGGGCUUUGAAAUUUUUGAAUUUUGAUGAAAGCCAAGCCGGAGAGCAAAGAAAAGUUCAGCUUCAACAGAUGGAUGAAUUGAGAUGCCAAGCUUAUGAAUCUUCUAAGCUGUACAAAGAGAAGGUCAAAAGCUAUCAUGAUAAACGGCUUGUCAACAAAGAAUUCAGGCCAGGCCAAAUGGUUUUGCUUUUCAACUCAAGAUUGAAGUUAUUUCCAGGAAAGCUUAAAUCCAAAUGGUCCGGUCCUUUCAAAAUCCGUGAAGUGAAACCAUAUGGUGCAGUUGUGUUGGAAGAUCCAGCUACCAAUGCCACAUGGACUGUGAAUGGACAAAGGUUGAAACUCUAUUUUGGUGGUGAAUUUGAUCGUGUCACUACCAAAAUCCCACUUUCCGAUCCUUGA